AUGAAUUACAGUCCUCACGUUGGAAUCGGUAUUGAUUUAGGCUCGUCAAGUGCUAGAGUAGGCAUAUAUAGUUAUUACAAUGAUGCGUUACUGGGAAUGGCCCAGGAGCCAGUUCCAUACUACCAGGAUUUUACAAAAAAGUCGUGGAAAUUCUGGCAAAAAUCAACUGAAAUAAUUGAGGCACUUCAAAAGUGCUUUCAAAAAUUAAAAAUUACAGAGUAUAACGUUAAAUCCUGCGGUGUUUCUGCAACAUGUUCAUUGGCUAUCUUUGAAAGGGUUCAUACAAGUGAAGCGUUGAUACCUUAUCCAAAUGAAAACAAUGUUAUAUUUUGGAUGGAUUCUUCUGCAACGGACGAAUGCGAGUGGCUAAAUGCCGAAUGUUCAAAACAACUUUUGGAUUAUUUGGGAGGGAGAUUCGUACCCGAAAUGGGUAUUCCCAAAUUGAAAUACUUCUUAAAUGAAUAUUCCCACAGACAAGACAAGCGUUUUCACAUUUUUGAUCUUCAUCAAUACAUUGCUUAUGAACUUGGUCGUUUAUAUCAAUGGAACAUUGAUGGACUCUUAAGAGGAGAAAAUAUUAAUGGAAUAGGAAAUGAUGGAGAAGCAUCUGGCUGGUCAUCUUCGUUUUAUAAGAACAUUAUGAAUAUACCAUCUAAUGUGAUCAUCGGCCCUGUUGGACUUGUUUCCAAGAAGGUAAUUUCGACAACUGUAGUUCGCAGUUGCAUUGACAGUUAUGCAAGCUGGUUCGCAGUUUCUCCGCCCUUUUUGGAAAGAUCAUUAUUUAUGAUAGCCGGUACUUCCAGCUGCUACAUGUAUGGUACGCCAGUCUCGAAUACUAAAAUUCCUGGAGUAUGGGGACCCUUCAAUAACAUACUUGACGACAAGGGUGACUUUUCUGUUUAUGCUGCCGGCCAAUCGUGUACAGGUAAAUUAAUAGAACAUUUGUUCGAAAGUCAUCCCUGUGCUAGAAAAAUUUUGAAGAGUGGUGCUGAUAUUUAUCAAGUACUUGAACAAACAAUCCAUGGCAUUGAGAAGAAAAAAGGUCUAUCAAUUCAUAUUCUUGCCAAAGAUAUGUUUUUCUAUGGUGACUAUGAGGGAAAUAGAACUCCGUUUGCAGAUCCACGCAUGAAAGGCUCAUUCAUUGGCGAGACUACCGAUACAUCAAUUCUGAACCUUACAUAUAAGUAUAUUUCCAUCUUAGAAUUCUUAUCAUUCCAGACAAAACUAAUAAUUGAUACCUUUCAAAGUCAAAAGGCAUGUAUACGUAUCCAAGAACUAAGGAUAUCUGGCAGUCAAGCGAGAAACGAAAGGUUACUAUCUUUAAUUUCUUUGGUUAAUAAUGGUAUGUCGAUAAAUAGACCGAGAGAUAACGUUGACAUGAUGGGCAUUAAAGGUGCUUACAUACUUGCAAAAUCUGCGAAUGAAAAGAAGCAAUUAGUCGACGUGAUAAGAGAGAGGGAUGUUGGUGAUGACAACGAAAAGUUCCAGCCUCUUUCUGAAUACUGUCUUGGAAACGAUAGCACACUACUAAAAAACUUACUUUGCGUUAAAUAUCGUAUACAUUUGGACAUGGCAAAGCAGCAAAAGUAUUAUUACAAACUUGUCGAUGAGGUUAUUAGUCCUUUCAGUUAA